AAAACUAAUUAAUUACAGACUAACUGGAGAUGAGUCAGCGAGGAGUGGUAAUAGUGGCCGUGGUGGCGCUGGUGGCGGUCUUGGGCGUGACUGAGGCCUUCAUCAAGAACAAGAAGAAGGGACCACCCCCGCCCCCUUACAUCCCCAUCCCCUGCUACGUCGAGACGGAGUACAUCACCUCCUACGUCAAGGAAUACAGACCAGUACCGGUGUAUAUCACUAAGGUGAUACCAGAGGUGAAUGCCGAGGUGGUGCUCAAGACGGCGUACACCACACGUGCCUUCCCCAUCGUGGUGACUCAGCCGAGGGAUAUGUACGUCACCAGGACCUCCCAUCUCGACCUCAUCACCACGCAGAUCAAGCAAGUGCCUCAAGCCUCCGUCGACUACGAGCCCAUUGCCGUCUCCCACACUGCCCACAUCCCUGUUACCAUCACCGACACCAAGAUCCUGACCAAGACCGUCAGGAGUACCUCUUACGUGACGCGGCACACCACGUCCUACACCACGAACGUCGUGACCACCACGCGGGUUAAGAAGGAGUUAUCCAUCUUCACCAAGGUAAUCACUACUACCAGUCUUCUCACCAACACCGUCCUCGCCACCAAAAGUCUGUGUGUGGAUCAUUACUUCAAACAAAACCUUAAUGAUUUGCUAGUUGCUGGUGUUGGUGGACUAAUUGGUAGUUAUGAAAGUACAAGUCAUGGCUCGAGGGGCAUAUACACGAAAAUAAAUAAACAGCUCCAUGGCAGUUACGGCAACAAACACUACUAGAUCUAGUAAGUUCCUGUACAGCCACAGUCUAUAUCCACAAUAAAUGGUGAAAUACUGUACCUUGGUUUCGCCCUGCCGGGCAUGAGAACAUAUUGAAUCAUUUGAGGCACAGCGUUGGAGUUAAAUGCCGCGGUAGCAGUUAAAAGUGAUAUCUAGGUAAAAAUGAAGUGUUUGCCCAACAUAUCGUACUGCACUCCCGGCAGAACGCUCUGAGAUUCCGUGGUGAGCAGAGCUGGUGAGUGACGACUGAUAGUAGCAUUAUACUGUACAGUAUUCGACUUCCACGCGUUUCGAUGUAUAAUAAUUCAAUUAAUUAAUUGAGUUGUUGGAAAUGAAAAUGCAGUGAAGCCAGAAAUAUUAUAAAAUAUAGAUAAUAAAGGGAAAUAAAUAAAUACCAGUCCAGUGCUUAAGUGGUAUAAUAGACUAGUAAACUCUGAUAAUACAAUAAAUUAUUAUUUUUUUUUAAUUUAAUUUACUGGUAAACAUAAAAGUCCGUCAUUUUUUUUAGUGAAAGUUAAAUAGUAAAUUCGAUGGUGUGCAGAAUGAACCUGAUAGAGGUGUGGUUAUAUGAGUGAGGAAUUCUCUUAUUUCUCUUGUGGACAAUGUAAAUUUCUUGAAUGGUCAUUUGUAUGAUAAAGCGGUAUGGUGAGAGAUCAUUAUAAAAAUGAAAAGUAUACUAAUUGGUGCUGUGUAUAGGGCUCCUAUUACAAGUCGUGAGAAUUUUUUUUAUUGAAUUACCUAACCAGGUUGUUUCCUUUCCUCGUGGAUGUAAUAAUAAAUCUCCUUGUUUUGC